CUUGACCUUCAAUUCCAUCAGUUCCGUAGUAAUAAAAUGAAAAAUAAGUGUUUUUUAACGAUAAAAUUAAACUUAAUGUGAUAGUUUUGUGCUCAUUAUGACUCAACCCAACCAAGUUACACUCGAUAUCGAAGACGACGAGUCCGCGGAGCACCCAGGCGGUAAUAAUGCCCCUCGGCGAGCUGAUUCCGUGACUAGACCAGUAGGAGUGAAUAGAACAACUAUAGGCCUAGGAGAUCGCUUAAAUCAUGUAUUUAGAGAAAUCAGACCCCUCGUCGAGAAUGCUCGCAUGGGUAACAAUGCCAGGCUGUCACUUCCAACUUGGCUUCCUCGAAAUGCACCCGCAGUUCACCAGCAGGGGGAGGGGCCCCAGAGACCACAGAGUUCUAUUGCCCACGUGAACUUGGGGCCGGGUGCGCAGACAUAUAUACUCAAUGAAAGAUCCACCCCAGCUCUUACUCAACGGCAGCAAUCAGGUGUAAGCAACAGUGUGUCAAAUGAGUCCAACUUGUCCGACAAUGCUCAGGAGCAUGCGGACAUAAACUCUUCUGUGAACCCCUCAAACAAUAACAACAUUAAUGAUAAUGUUGAUAACGAAAGCCAGAGUGAAGAUGGAGGUCAAGAGGUUGUAGAUAUAAGGGCAAUGCUAAAUGUGUUGAUAAAAUAUGCACCAUUCUAUUUGCUGUUAUUCAUAAAGUUCAUGUAUGAUAGCAGAGAAGGAUUAUUCACAUUUGCUAUUCUCUUCUGUACUUUUGCACACAGUAAUGCAAUUGUUAGGAGGGAAUAUGGCAAACAAAUGAAUAGAAGUAUACAAACUUUAUUGACUGAGUUAGUAUUUUCAGUAAGUUGUGUAGCAAUAGUUCAUUUUUUGUUUGGUCAUGGGCGACUGCUGCCAAAUGUGAUAAUGUUCCCUGGUUAUACGGAGCCAAUUGAUGUAUGGGAAUUGAUAUGGCUGGUUGUGCUCACAGAUUUGAUUGUGAAAAUAAUUACAGUCGACAUCAAGAUGGUGAUAACCAUGAUGCCUGUGUGCAUUCUACCAUUCCAGAAGAGGGGCAAAGUAUAUCUGUUCACUGAGGCGGUAUCUCAGUUAUACCGGUCUUUAAUCACCAUUCAGCCCUGGAUAUACUUCCUGAUGCAGUCGUAUGAGGGCUCCGAGAAGAUUCUAGGGAUGUUCCUCACAUCCCUGUAUGUGUUCGCCAAGGUCAUUGAACUCAUUGUAAGACUGAGGCUCUUCAAGAACGCCACAUGGACUUUGUUACAGAGUGUGAACCUGGGUACGAAGCCGACAGGCGAGCAGCUGUGCGCGGCGGGGGAGGCGUGCCCGAUCUGCCACGACGAGUACUCGCUGCCCGUGCGUCUCGGCUGCGGUCACAUAUUCUGCGAGCUCUGCAUCGCCGCGUGGCUCGACCGCGACCACACCUGCCCGCUGUGCCGCGCCUCCGUCGCCGACGAGCCCACCUGGCGAGACGGGUCCACUACACACGAUUUUCAACUCUAUUGACUUCCCAAUUCGUAUUUUAUUGCUAAAUACUUCCUAUAUUGCGAGGCCCCGGGUGGAAGGU